AUGAAACAACCGGAAGCCAUCAGCACCAGAACUCUCGUUUUAUUGAUUACAUUUUUCGUUUGCGUUCACAAACAACGACAAACAAGCGCUGAGGUGGUCGCCACCGAAAAAGGAAAAUUUCUACAACAACAGCAACAGCAGCAGCUAACAGCGAAACAAAAACACACAACAAAACAGCAAGUAUUGCUACAAUCACAGCAGCUGCAAAUACAGCCACAAAAGUCUUCGACGAGACAGCUACAACCGCAGCUACAGCAACUACUGCCACAGUCACAACAGCCACUACUACAACAACAGCAAUCGCAACAACAGCAACUUCAACAAAAGAUAAAACCACAAAAAGUUUAUCGUGUGCAUAAGUAUCUUAAAGAGCAUCCUUUAUAUCAACACCAAAGACAUCUACAAAAACAUCAACAAAAGCAACAACAAAAAGAACAACAUCAACAGCUUUAUAAUGAUCUACAACAAUUGCAACAACAAUACAGCCAAUAUGAAGAAAAAACAAAACAACUCAUUAGCGAUUUGCAACAACAUCAACAGACUUUUCAACAAUUACAACCACAACAACAACAACAACAAAAUUUUCCACAUCAGCAACAAAAAUCUCAGAACUCAUCUCUGCAUGACACCAUAAAAUACCUACACUUCGCUAAGCAUAACAUCACAAAUCAAUUGCUAAACCAACCGUCACAACAUCAACAUCAACCUCAAUAUCAACAACAACAACAACAAGAUCAACAGCAGCAACAGCAACAAGAUCAACAACCACAACAUCAGUUACAACAACACUAUAACAGCAAAAAACACAAAAUCCCAUUUCGAAACAACAAAACAAAACACCCAAGAUCUCAAAAAAGAAGGAAACACAAAUCAACAACAACAACGACAUCAACAACAACAUCAACAACAACACCAACAACAACAUUAUCUUUUUUGUUGCCAACAAAACCAACCACGCCACUACCAACAACGACAACGUCAGAAUCACCACCACAACAACAACAACAACAACCACAACACCCAACGUUAAAUUGUCCGCCCUGCAACCAAAUACACUGCCCCAUAAAAAACCCUGCAAAUUUAAAAUGCAGAGGCGGCCACACAACCGGCGUCUGUGGCUGUUGUCGCGUCUGUUCCAAACUAGCUGGAGAAAGAUGUGGCGGAAUUUGGAAUUACUUGGGCUCGUGUGACAUUGGUCUGGUAUGCUUCAAUGAGUCACUCACUAAUGACGUAACCUCGUGGAAUGAUGAUGACCCGAUGACGUCAGAGGUACAACGUCAUAAUUAUUUGUACACCCACGUGUACAAUGACGUCAGUGUCAACAAAGAUUACAACAGAAUAUAUGCGGAUGGCUAUACUGGUAGCAAGAAAAAUAGCAACAGAAACACGGCGAACGUAAAAAAUGACUUCGAUAAAUACAGAAAUAAAAUCGAUGGAAUGUUCCCUUUAUCUCCAUCUGAAAAUGACGUCACAAAAAGACUUAAAUAUGAAAAGACUUUUAAUAAAAAACAAAAUAUUGAAAACCGAACCAAAUACCGAGCGCACCGAUAUAAGUAUAAUCGAUUGGAUGACGACGAUGACGACGAAGAAGAUGACGAUGAUGACGAUGACAUCGACAACAAAAACAAAUACAAAAAUAAAUACGUCUUCCAAAAUUUGAUACCGAAUGACAACGGUGAACUACCGAUAUUGAGAACAGAACCGAAUCUUACGAUAUACCGAUCGAGUAGUAGCGGUAAAUUGACGGCAUUUCACAGCACAUCGGAUGCCUCGAGACCAGAGGGUCACUGCAUCCCAGUUCAUCAACUCGCAGAUAGCGCGCACGUUCCCCGCCACAGAUGUGCUCCCAGAUGUUCUAGAAAGUUCUGCCAAGAUCACCCGGAAGAUGUCUGCUCGGCCGCUGGCGACAAUGACUUCGCCUGCUACAAACGCUUCGGAAAGUGCAUAAGUGAACUAAUGUAUGAAGCAUCUCCAAGAAGAUGCAAAAACUACUCUGAUAAUGACGACGAAGAUGAAGUAAGCAACGGCCGUCAAUCACGAGAUACUAGCAAAUACUAUAGCGAUAAGUUCGAAAGGAACAAGUACCUAUUCAGAUGCUGGCUACCUCAAAAAUCCAUCUAGUGCUAGUCAACUCGAUAAAGGAUCUACAUUUAUUUGAUAUUUUAAACUGUAGUUCUAGAUUUUAAUUAGUUUUAAUUCAUUAAAUUUUUUUCUCCUCUUAAAACUUCACAUCUAGUAUUUUACGGUUGUUUUAGACACUUUUAUUUGAUAGCAUUGUCUCGAGAUAAUUAUUGAUACCAACUUAUAUAGAAGAAAUCAUAUUCGCGAACACACACACACAAAUACUUUUUUGAGAUUUUUAAAACGUUGAUAGUUCAUUUUAUCUGGUAUUCUUCAACAAUAUCUUUUGUAUAAAUUUACCAGUUAUAACAAAUGAAACGAAUAGGGA